UUGUCAUAGGAAAAAAGCUAUUGAUCAUAAAUAAAACAGUAUUCGUCACCCUCCAACUGCCGACGUGUAAACCCAGCGACAGUGUUGCAAAAUGCCCAGCCACCCCGUUGUCGUUAUUUAGUCCCUUUUCGACUUCCGCAUCUGAUUCACGACACCGCUCAACACUGCACUUUGGGGCAGCAGUUUUUUUUGGGCAUUGAGCGACGCGAGAACUGCAAAAUGUUGAAAACGCGCGGAACGGACGACAACUGAUCGGUUUUUGUACACAAUAUAGAGAGGUGAUCCGAGCCUAGGCAAACCGCAAAGCGGCAACCGCAGCCAAUGCCUGCUGGCUGAAUAGGAGCGCCCACCCACCCAGCGACUCACACACACUGACUGGGAUUCGGACCCACCACACACCCCGCACACACACACUCGCGAGGGAGCCCCCACUCGCACGCCACACACACUCCGCACACACACCCGCGAGGGACGGGACACACACAUCGCGAUGUCGCACCUACCACUGCCGCUGUACGGCUUCGCGGCGUUCUUCAUGAUUUUCUGGUUCGGCACCUGGAUGGUGCAUGUGAUAGCCAUCUGCUACGGGCGUUACAAGCUGCACAAGAAGUCCUGCAAGCUGCCCACAGAGGCCCAGCCUCUGCCCGGCGUCUCCAUUCUGAAGCCGCUGAUGGGCGUGGAUCCGAACCUGCAGCACAACCUGGAGACCUUCUUCACGAUGGACUAUCCGCUGUACGAGCUGCUCUUCUGCGUGGAGGACAAGGAGGACCCGGCCAUCCAGCUGGUGGAGCGGCUCCUCACCAAGUAUCCCAAGGUGGACGCCAAGCUCUUUGUCGGCGGCUCGGACGUGGGCGUCAACCCGAAGAUCAACAACAUCCAUCCCGGCUACAUGGCCGCCAAGUACGACUUCGUGAUGAUCUCGGACAGCGGCAUCAAGAUGAAGGACGACACGCUGCUGGACAUGGUCCAGAACAUGUCCGAGAAGCACGCCUUGGUCCACCAAAUGCCCUUCACCAGCGACCGCGAUGGCUUUGCGGCCACCUUCGAGAAGGUGUUCUUUGGGACGGUCCAGAGCAGGAUCUACUUGUCGGCGGACGUGCUGGGUAUCAACUGCCACACGGGCAUGUCGUGCCUGCUGCGCAAGGCGGUCAUCGACCAGCUGGGAGGCCUGAGGGCCUUUGGCUGCUACCUGGCGGAGGAUUUCUUCAUUGCCCGCGACAUAACGCGACUCGGCUGGAAGAUGCGCAUCUCCAGCCAGCCGGCCCUGCAGAACAGCGGGCUGUGCGACAUUGGCAGCUUCCAGGCGCGGCUCAUCCGCUGGGCCAAGCUGCGCGUGGCCAUGGUGCCAACGACUAUACUGCUGGAGCCGCUCUCCGAGUGCAUGAUCCUGGGCGCCCUGGCCGCGUGGUCGGCCUCCGUGCUCUUCAGCUGGGAUCCGCUGGUGUUCUACCUGGUGCACGUGCUCUGCUGGUUCCUGUCCGACUGGCUGCUGCUCUCCAUUGUCCAGCACGGCUCGAUGCCGUUCCACAAAUUCGAGUUCGUCAUCGGCUGGCUGUUCCGCGAGCUGACGGGCCCCUAUCUGUUCCUGCACGCCCUGUGGAAUCCCGCGAUUCGCUGGCGCACCCGCACCUACAAGCUGCACUGGGGCGGUGUCGCCUACGAGCUGAACAGCCCCGCCUGCGAUGCAGCCAACGCCCCGCUGGCGCCACAACAGCCAGCGCCCACGUUAGCGGGGGCGCCAGAAGUGGCCACAACCACGACGGGAACAGGAUCGGGAUCAGGAUCAUCGGGGGAAACGCUGAUCUGCACGGGCGCCAAGCAGCGACUGCUGGCGUCGUAGCAGCCACUAGUUAAGUUUGUUAUUUUGUACUCUCAGCGUCUGGUAUUAGUAGUAUUAUUAGCUGAACCUUAGUCACUACGUAAGCCUAGGCUUAGAGCUGUAAAAAGAGAGAGAGAGUGGCGCGGACGACGGACCUAGAUUAGGGAUUAGACAACCAGAUCGAAGAUCGAUCGUGGCGCUUGGGGUGAACCCGGCCAGGCGCAGUUUGUUGGCUUCGCGGAAACUGGUUAACUGGUUAACGAUGCUUUGUGUAUAUAAUUAUUACGUAUGUUUCGAGUGUGUGUGGGGGCAGCAGCCCCUGCACACACGUUAUAGUUAGACUAACGAACGUUCCCCGCUUCUUGAAUUGUAAUUACUUAAUUUAUUUUUCGGCCCAGCACCUUAGUUGAAUAUUGUUAUCGGUUAAGCCUCCUACGUUUAUGAUUACGUUAUAAGUUGAGUUGAGUUGUUUGUGUUUUGUGGUUCUUCCGCCCUUUGUUUUUGCCUCAGCUUCUGUACAUAAGCUCCGAGAAUGGAAGAAAGCCAUUGAAUAAAUCGAAUCGAAUCGAAACGAAUGAAAGAAACCCCAUUAGGUUCUGAUUGAUUGCAGGGUUCGCUCCGCAAGGUUCUUCGUUAUCAGUGAGUCACCAGAGCGGGGGAUUUGGCCAAAUAGCUGGGAAACAUCAGCUGACUCAUCGCCUUUGCACCGAGUUUUUAGCGUAAUUAAUGUCGUCGCACUUUUGCCCCCUUGCCUGCCAUUACAAGUGAUCCCAUCUCUGGUCUGAGGUCAGCCGGGAGAGGAGAGCAUUAGCUCCAUUAGAUCCAAUGUUAAAAUAGAACUUUCCAUGAUCACAUGAUCGGCGGAAAAUUCUUUCGAUUCUGUGCCAGAGAGCAGCACCUUAUCUUAAUGGACUUAAGCCAUGACAACAGGGCGGCGGCACAAACAUAUUUAUGAAUUGAAUGACUCCCAGAUAGGCGGAGGAUAGGGAGGGGGCAUAUCAGGCGAAGUAGGACGGACGAUCGUGGACCAAGGCCGCAGCUUACGCCUUAAGUAAAAACAAUUAGUGGAACCAUAAACACGGACUGCAGCUUGGGCUCCAAAAAUGGGUGAAAAUGUGUGCAAUUAAAUGCGGAAUGGAAUGACGUACGUUCGGGGGAACAAGGAGUGCUGUCUCCGGAAUUAUGUAAAUUAGUCAAUACUUAUCAAUGGCCCAAGGCACGGCAUUCCAUUCGAAUUUUCCUCUUCAGUUGAGCGAUUAGAUAAAAUUCUUUGCCGUCGUUUUUGCCAAGCUAAAUCGGAACUUAGAGCUAGAGCGUAUUUAUUAAUUAAUUAAUUAAGCCUAAAGCUAGUCAACAGAAACAAAAUGAAAAUAAAUUCAAUAUGAUGACCAACAUAA